AUGUUCGGUUUUAUUAACAUCAAUGCGAAUGCAUGGCAGGUCCUUUACCGUACAAAUGCUGGAAACACAUCCACUCCUAUGGCUACCGUCACUACUAUCAUUGUUCCGACGUAUCCUCGCGACGACCGUCUCAUUAUGCACGCUGCCAUUGAGGAUGCUUCGGCCUACAAGUGCAGGCCCAGCAAGACUCUUAGAAAAGAGCUACUACCAGACGCUGGCAGUCUUAUCGAGCGCAUCGAGUUGCUGUUCCUCGGCACGUACCUUCAGCAAGGAUGGGUCGUGUCUGUUGCCGACUACGAAGGACCAAUGAGCGCCUUUGGUGCUGGUCCGAUUGCUGGCUAUUCGACUCUGGAUGCAGCACGUGCCACGCUGAACUUCAAAGAGUCUGGUUUAGACAGGAAGAAGACAAAGAUUGGUAGUGUGGGCUACUCUGGCGGUGCUAUUGCAGUUGGCUGGGCCGCCCAGCUUCAAGGCAGCUACGCGCCUGAACUCAACAUUGCCGGCUGGGCCCUUGGUGGUACGCCUGCUAACAUCUCGGAUGUUGUAGAGAAAGCCGACCAGAAGUUUACUGCCGGGUUGAUUGUGCUUGGCGCAGCUGGUGUGCUUGCUGGCUACCCUGAAUUGGCCCCCGUUGCGGAGAAGUACCUCACGCCGAAGGGUCAUGCCGCUGUUGACUACGUGAGACAUAAUUGUGCGAUCCUUGCCUCCGCUCCGUUUGCAUUUGAUCACAUCCAAUCGAAGAAGUACAUCAAGGGUGGACUGCAGCUGUCCGAGGUUCCUGGUGUGAAUAAGAAGAUUGCAGACUUAACCAUGGGUGCUAACGGACUUACGCCGAAAGCCCCUGUUUUCAUGUUCCAUGCUGUCACAGAUGAGUUUAUUCCGUAUGCGGCUACAAAAGACGCUGCACAGACCUGGUGUGACCAAGGUGCUCAGAUCGAAUUUACGACCGAGGUGCUUGGUCUCGAGCACAUUGCAACCUACAUUGCAACUUUCUCGAGGGUGUUCCGCUUUUUGGAGGACCGUUUCCAGGACAAGCCUUUGAAGUACCGUAAGUGUUCGUUUAAGACGAUCGCCACGCCGGCUUUGAACCCGAUUGACGACCUUGAACUCGGUGGCCACGUUUUGGAGGUCGCCAAGACGUUGUUGGGGCUGGCCACUGGCAAUCCAAUCAAGUCGGAAAUAAUUAAAGCGCACUCUAACAACUCUUUUUAA